AUGGCGGAAGGGGAGCAGAAGGAGCAGCGUGCUUUGUGUAAGUUCACCUACCAUGAUGACCUUGGCCAGCUGCUAGGUGUGUCUGAGCCAUUGAUGCAGCUGUAUAGCACCCUACAGUGGCAGAGGCUGAACUGGAGUCUAUGGGGGAAGCAUCACUCACUGCUGCUGUCCAAGGCCAAGAAGGAGGCUCCCUUCAUGAGAAGCCCAAGGUGGUUAAGGACACACUUGUGGGACAUGGUCAUCCUGCCUGAGAUGGGGGGUGUCUACAAUGGCAAGAUCUUCAACCAGGUUGAAAUCAAGCCCAAGAUGAUUGGCCACUACCUGGGUGAGUUCUCCAUCACCUACAAGCCCAUGAAGCAUGGCAGGCCUGGCAUGGAGGCCACUCACUCCUCAAGCUACAUCCUUCUCAAGUAG